ACCAAGGUCUAUCUAUAACCUACAACUUUGCGCGCAACAAUUUACCGCGUUUUGAUCAAAUACCAAACAAUAAGCACUUUAUCUAACUUAUAGACAAGUUCUAUACGCCUGCGCUCAACUCAACACUUGUUGAUCUUGACUUGACUUUCAAACAGUGUUUCGCGCGUUUGUGUUGCCUCUAUCUCAUGAAAUUAACCAGCCAAGCACUAUCCCUCGCGAAAAUGUCUCUUGAAUCAGCCAAGAAAGCCGCUGCAUAUCGCGCAGUUGAUGAAUACGUGAAAAACAACAGCGUGGUCGGCGUUGGCAGUGGAUCAACAGUAAUUUACGCCGCCGAAAGACUAGCCCAACGCGUGAAAGAAGAAAAACUUCACUUGAAAUGCAUUCCCACGAGUUUUCAAGCACGGCAACUCAUUAUCAACCAUAACUUAAUCCUGACAGAGUUGGAAAUCGAUCCUGUGGUAGAUGUCUGCAUUGAUGGUGCUGAUGAAGUGGAUGCCUCCAUGAACUUGAUCAAAGGAGGUGGCGGGUGUUUGCUUCAAGAGAAAAUCGUCGCUAGCUGCGCCAAGGAAAUGAUCGUAAUUGCUGACUAUACAAAAAACAGUAGUAAAUUAGGAGAUCAGUACAAAAAGGGAAUUCCAAUUGAAGUGGUACCAAUGGCAUACAAACCAAUAAAACAAAGAAUUGAAGAAAAGUAUGGUGGAAAACUGGAUCUGAGGAUGGCAGUUGCAAAAGCAGGUCCUGUUGUAACAGAUAAUGGUAAUUUAAUCUUAGAUUGGAAAGAAUACAACCAAAAUUCCAACUGGGAGGAGGUUAAUAAAGACAUUCUGAUGAUUCCUGGAGUUGUAGAAACAGGAUUAUUCAUCAAAAUGGAAAAAGCUUAUUUUGGACUGGCUGAUGGUUCUGUCAAAGUCCAAUAAACAUUUCAAUAUCAAAGAAAUACUGUAAGGUUUAAUCAGGACUAGAAUUAAGUCAUAAACAUUGAUCAUCUUACAUAUAACGGUCUGGUACCGGCCCAAAAUCCAAUAUGGCGCCCCCACUUCUUUUGUAAAACCUAUACAUAUAAAAAUAUUCGCAAAUAAAUAUAAACUUAGUUUGUGCUUCAGUACAA